CUACCAAGAGACCAUUAAUGGACAUCGUUCUCUCCGUCCGCCAACUACUUGCCACGGUGCCACCUUCCUUCACAGCGCUCUCGCCAGAACUCGCCGCGCCGACGCGGUUUCAUGCUCUCCGCAGCUUCUCUCCGCAGCUUCUCCCGCGUCUUCGUCCGCCUUCGAUCUCCCACGAAGCCGAUCCUCUCACGCGCUGCACCGGCGGCCGCGGAAGAAAUGGACUCGCAAUCGCCCUCCUGUGUUCUAGUUUUAGCCGGGAAAUCUUCUGCAGAAACGGAAAUUGCGAAAACUUUGAAGAGCAAUAAUGCUCUCAAGCUCCCUGACAACAGCGAAGUUAGAUUCUUUGUCCAUCCAGAAAUUCAAAGGCCACCGAGUGAAGAGCCUUUCCAAAUUGAUUUGUUUCUGAAGUCCCUUUCGACAAAUCAGUUUGGUAGGUUUUUCAUUUGGUCUCCACGCUUGCCAUCAACUCAUGACGUCGUUUCGCACAACUUUUGCGAACUUCCUAUUGGUGCAGUGUGUGCUGCUGACAUUCAAUCGAAAGGACGAGGAAGGUCAAAGAAUGUUUGGGAAUCUCCAAUUGGUUGCCUCCUAUUCUCUUUUACAAUUCAGAUGGAUGAUGGGAAAAUCGUGCCUCUUCUGCAGUAUGUAAUUUCGCUGGCUAUUACUGAGGCUAUAAAGGAGAUAUGUGACAAAAAUGGACUUCCCUACCUUGAUGUUAGAAUAAAAUGGCCCAAUGAUCUUUACCUAAAUGGCCUUAAAGUUGGCGGCAUUCUGUGCACAUCAACUUAUAAGUCAAAGAAGUUCAAUGUUAGUGCCGGUAUCGGCUUGAAUGUUGAUAAUGAGAAACCAACCGUAUGCUUGAAUGCAGUCUUGCGAGAAACAUCAGUUGCUUCUUACAAAUUUACACGAGAGGAUAUCCGCAGCUUUUUCAAUAAAUUUGAGACUUUGUACAAUCUAUUUAUACAUCAAGGAUUCCAAGCUCUAGAGGAGCUGUAUUAUAAGACAUGGCUACAUAGUGGUCAGAGGGUAAUCGUACAGGAGAAGAACGGGGAGCAGGUGGUGGAAAAUGUUGUGAGUAUACAGGGACUGACGCCAUCAGGGUACCUUUUGGCUGUUGGUGAAGACAACCAGAUGUGUGAGCUUCAUCCUGAUGGCAACAGUUUUGACUUCUUCAAAGGACUGGUCAGACGGAAGCUUUGAAAAAGAUGCCCUGCCUACUCCAAAGGGAGCAUAAACCACGCACCACGUGCAUCCCUCAGGACUUGUUGCUUCAAAUACUCAUAAAUAAUGUUUUAGUUUUCAUUUAUUUCUUUGGCAGAAUAGAAAAAGAAAAUCCCAGGUGAGAAAGAAGUUUAAAUAAAUUUGUCAUUAGCGCGAGAGUGAGGCCAACUUCUUUGGUUGCCUGCAAUUUAGAGCACAUAAGGUUAACCUUAUCUAUUAACUGGGCAUGAAUCUCAGGGGACAGGGUCACCAAAUCACUAGUCAAUUGAGCCAACUCAAUGUCCUUGAAUACCAGUCUUCGAUUGUUUAAUA